AAGAGCCCUGGGUCCCGGGAAAGUCCUGCCGCGCCUCCAGGACUUAUAAAAAUGUGGCCUCCUGGGUCCUCCUGCCCACAGCCACUCACCUGCCGGGACCACCUGCCCGCGUCCAGCUCCGACUCAGCGUCCGCCCAGCAUGUGGCCGUCCUCGCGCAGCCUCCUCCUCCUGGCCACCCUUGUCCUCCUGGAGCACCUUGGUUCGGCCAGGUACCUCCCCAGGAGCACCCCAGUCCCGGGAGCGUCCCAGGAGUGCCGCAACCACUCCCAGACCCUGCUGAGUGCCGUGGGAAGUGCCCUGCAGGAGGCAAGAAAAACCCUGGAGUUUUACUCCUGCAGUGCUGAAGAGGUCGAUCAUGAAGACAUCACCAAGGACAGAACCAGCACAGUGCAGGCCUGCCUGCCCCGGGAGCUGGCCCAGAACGAAAGUUGCCUGGCUUCCAGAGGGACCUCUUUUAUGAUAAAUGGGAGCUGCCUGGCCUCCGGGAGGACCUCCUGGAUGAUGACGCUGUGCCUUAGUAGUAUCUACGAGGACUUGAAGAUGUACCAGGUGGAGCUCAAGACCAUCAACGCAAAGCUUUUGAUGGAUCCUAAGAGGCAGAUCUCUCUAGAUGAAGCCUUGCUGGCGGCCGUCGAUGGGCUGAUGCAGGUCCUGAAUGUCAACCAUGAGACGGUGCCUCAGAGACCUUCCUUUGAAGCACCGGAUUUUUAUAGAACAAAAACCAAGCUCUGUGUCCUUCUUCACGCUCUGAGGAUCCGUGCGGUGACCAUUGACAGGGUGAUGAGCUAUCUGAAUUCUUCCUAGGAAGCUGAGCUGCCUCCCAGCCUUCGUGCCUUUGCAUAAAAGUCUAAACCAAAGAAUUUUUAAUGGGUAUGGGUCAAGCCAGGGAGGGGCCUGGCUGUACCUAAGCUCCUUCAGGAAUCUUCUCUCUGCUCUUUUCCCUACUCCUGCUGAACAAGUUACUAAGGAGGGACUGAGUCCUUUCUGCAGGUGUUUCUUUCCCUUUCCUAGAAGAGCAAGAAUUAAUAAGCUAUCUCUGUACUGAGGUGUUUAUAGAAACCCUCAAGCAUCAUUUAUUUAAAGAUAUUUAUUGAUAUAUUUUAUAUUCAUGAAAGCAUGUGAACUAAUUUAUACUUAUUUAUGUUAUAUUUAUUAAAGUAUUUCUUAUCAAGUGGAUCUGAACUGAAUGUUCCAGUAAUAAAGUGG